AUGCGACGAAGAAAUAAUCAAGAUGAUCUUAACCGCAUCAUUAAAACAAAUUUAAAGUAUCAAACGAAGGAGUUUUUCAACAAUUCGACACUCCAUGGUGUUCGGUAUAUAGCUGAAGAAGGUCGAUCCUUCAGUGAAAAGUUUAUGUGGUUUUGUUUCGUUGCGAUUGGUGCCGUUUCUGCCUUUGUUAUUAUCGCAAGCUUGUGGGAGAAAUUUCAAACAAAUCCGACCAUAACAGACACAGACUUUCAUCUGCAUACGCUCGAAUUUCCCAGUGUAAUUUUGUGCCUCGAAACUCCAUUUAAUUCAACAAUUGUGAAUGACACCGCAAAGGGAGCACUUGGUGGGUAUUCAGACGAUUAUGAGAGUAAUAUUUCAAUGCUGGAAAUACUGUCAAGAUUGUCAUAUGACAAUAUCAAGAAGGCUGCUGAAUAUGCAUCAAAAAUCCCUAGUCAAAUGCAACAAAACUGGGAAAAGUAUCAGUUGAGGAGCUUAGCAUUCGAAAUAUCCAAAAAAUGCGAGGAUAUAUUUAACACCUGCAAAUUUCGUGCUGAGGAAAAGGAUUGCUGUGAAAUAUUCCAGCCAAUUUAUUCAGAAAGAGGAUAUUGCUAUAGCUUUAAUCAGCGAUUUUCUAGCACUGAAACUACUGAAGAGCGACUUCGAAACUUUAGUGUAAUACACGAAACAGACAAAUCAUGGUCAUUGGAACUGAAUCUUAAAGAGACAUCAAAGUUCUACAUGCAUUCAGUUUGGGAAGUAUUUGGUUAUGAUAAUCGCGUACAAUUUGUAUGGGAACCGGAGACAUCAAUCGAUAUUUUAAUAUCAAUGAAGCAAACUUAUACGACAGACGAUGCAGCACAACUCACAAUCACACAGAGGAAGUGCAUUUUUCCAGAAGCGUCAGAAGUUGAUAUUUAUUAUUAUAAAGAUGAAGAAUAUUCACUAUCGUCAUGUAUGAAGGAAUGCAGAAUGGAAAAUGCCAUCAAAUUGUGUGACUGCAUACCACCGUUCUAUGCACCUGUCAACCCAAAGAGUGGUAAAAGUCAAUGCAAGAUAAAGGAUUUUGCAUGCUUAUCAAAACAUGCAUCAAAUAUUACCAACAUCAGACGAUGCCUUAAAUGUGAAUUAAGUUGCCUCAACACCGUAUACGAUAUUGAGAAAACCUCACAGACGCAAGGAUCUGAAGCAGAAAGCACUCGAUCAGUAAAUAUUGAAUUUUUGACAUGGCCCAUUAUUCGAUACAAGCGUGAAGUUCUAUUCGGAUGGGUUGAUCUACUCGUAUCUUUUGGCGGUAUUGCCGGUCUCUUCCUUGGCUUUUCACUGCUUUCGGGUGUAGAAAUCAUUUACUAUUUUACGGUUCGUGCGACAUGUAUGAUGUUCAAAAAUCGGGAACAACUUUAUGAGGUUCAAGAAGAAGAAGAUCGUAAGCCACCAGAAAAAUAUGACCUUAGUAUGGAUUUAGCAAAGAUCCAUGGGAUAGAAAGAACUUCUAAUAUUCGAACUGUUAAGCCUGUUGAUCCAAAUAAUACUCUUGAUUCUAGUGCUGAUAGAAUUAUGAGUAAUAUACCCAAAGGUGGUGUUAGAUUUCGAUCUGAUGAAGAAGAGCAGGAAAGAAAAAUCAAUAGAAAUCCAUUUAGUGAUAGAAAUAUGGAAGACAUGGAUACACAGAUUCCCACGCAACGACAACCCAUUCAGCCUAUUGGAAUUUUUCGUCCCAUUCCAAUUGCUCCAUAUUCCGAAAACAUUAAGCCAUUGGAUCGAAAUUAUCGACGCCCAAAACCUAAUCAAGAAGAAUCUGGUUUAGUUUAUUAUGGCUAUUUACCAUGA